AUGCCGAUGGUGGGAAUGCUGGAGCUGUGGCAGCUCACAUGGCUGAUCGCCGUGGCCGGCGGGCUGCUCUCGUUUCGGAGUAGUUUCUGCAGAGGGUUCGUCCUCCAGGGCAAGAUGCGCACUGAUGCUGCGGUGUCACAACUUCCCGGGCUGUCGUUGCUGCGUGUAGAGGUGCCCAAGAGUUACUGGACGUGGUUCUACCUAAUCGGAGCCCUGCACAGUAUCUUCAUGCUGGUUGUUGCACUCUCUUGGCAACAAACGCAAGUGGUGCAAUAUGCUCUGCACCUUGCACACCCUUCAGCAAGAGAAGAAUCCAACGAUAUCAUCUUGAUCCAGCCACACACUAUCGCGUUCCUGGCGCUGUUUGCAGUGCACACAACACGGCGCUUCCUCGAGUCUUUGCUUGUCACGGAGUUUGGUGAUGCCAGGAUGCACGUCUGCAUUUUGUUCGUAGGCACGUAUCACUACGUUGCAACGGUACUCUCAGUUCUUUUCGAUCCCGACUCCGUUACGGUGCAUCAGAUGACGUUAUCCCGUUGGGCUUUGGCUUGCGUUGGUCUGAUGCUCUUCUCCAUUGCAUCCUACCAUCAAACGCGAUGUAAUUUCCUUCUAGCAAAGCAAAAACGCGCCAACAAGAUGAAACACGUGAUGCCUCACGGUGACUGGUUCGAAGCUGUGCGCAGUCCGCUCUACUCGACUGAAAUCAUGCUCUACGCGGGAUUCCUCUUGGUCACUGGGGGCUCAACCUCAAUGCUCUAUCUCGUGUCCGCUUGGGUGGCUGUCAACCAGAUUCUACUGGCCCAGAUCAGCUCCCAGUGGAUCGAGAACAAGUUUCGGGAUCGUAUCAAUGAGCUUCCCAAGUGGAAAUUACUGCCGUUUGUCUGGUAA